CGGUCGUUGACAUCCGAUCAACUUCCGUCCAGUCCUGUCAGGCAACCAUCUUUCUUUUCUGAUUCGUGCUGUGCAAGAAACGCCCUCAUGAUGCAGUUGCAUAUUCGUGGACUUAACACUCACGUCCUGGACGUUGAGCCCCAGGAAACUAUCUGCGAGAUCAAGGCCCGCGUUGCCGCGCUCGAGAAUGUCGAGGACGCCGCCCAUCUGGUGCUCUCCUGCGAGGGUGCCAUCCUGGCCACCGAUGCCCUGGUGUCGGCCCUCUCAUCCGCCGAGCUGGACCUGACCAUCCCACUGCUGGGAGGUAAGGUGCACGGUUCCCUCGCCCGUGCCGGUAAGGUCAAGGGUCAGACCCCCAAGGUCGAAAGGAAGGAAAAGAAGAAGAAGAAGACCGGCCGUGCCAAGCGUCGCAUCCAGUACAACCGCAACUUCGCCAACGUGGUGCAAGCCUUCGGACGUCGUCGUGGACCAAAUGCCAACUCGACGUAAGCUGGUGAUGCGUGGGAAGGGAUAAGGAGAAACUUGAGGUUUGAUUGAGUGCGGUUGAUGCGUGUGUAAAGUUGGGCUUUGCUUUCUCUGCUGUGAAAGAUGUCACCACGACCAUCCGCAGGAAAAUAAACGGAAAUCCUUUAUUAUGUAUAAGACGAAA